CGAUGGACACUAAACGCGAACUGGUUCUUGAACGUAUUCCCGUAUGACCUCUUCUACACUCGAACCUCGGCUUUUUGGUUCCCACACCUCCCAAAAGUUUUACCCUAAAUGUCCCUUUUGCGGGAAGCUGAGAGAUGCAUCGCCAAUCAGAAUUUCUAUGUUACCCUCAAUGCUUUUAUAACUGCCCUGUCGCCUUCGGGACACUGGCGGGAACGGGUACAAGAUGCAGAUCGCCGGAUUGAGCAAAGAAAGCCUAGAUCGAAAGUGGACGGCCGAUUGAUUGCCAUCAAAGAUAAUAUAUGUACUCGUGACCUUCCGACAACAUGCGCGUCCGGAAUGCUCCAGAAUUUCACCAGUCCGUUCAACUCGACCGUCGUUGAGCAAUUGGAAGAUGCGGGCGCUGUCGUGGCUGGAAAGACAAAUCUCGAUGAAUUUGGCAUGGGUUCCCAUUCGAUCCAUUCGCGAUUUGGACCGGUGAAAAGUUUACGCCAGGACGACGAUACCGAACCCCUGUCAGCCGGUGGUAGUUCUGGAGGGAGUGCAGUUGCAGUCGCCACAGGCCAAUGUUAUGCAGCGUUGGGUACAGACACUGGCGGGUCUGUUCGCCUUCCGGCCGCAUACACUGGGAUAGUUGGGUUCAAGCCAUCUUACGGAUUGAUCUCGCGAUGGGGUGUGGUCGCAUAUGCUAACUCAUUGGACACGGUUGGGAUCCUGGGGAGAAACACGACCAGCGUUCGCGAUGUCUUCGAUAUUGUGAAUCAACAUGAUCCACGCGAUCCAACUAGUCUCUCUCCAUUUUCUCGGUCUCGGAUACUUUCAUAUCUUCACUCCCCCCCUUGCGCAUCUCGACUAAACUCCGCCCCCCUCAGAAUCGGAGUUCCCAUAGAAUAUAACAUAUCCGAACUUCACCCUUCCGUCCGGCGCGCUUGGUCACGUUCCCUAGCUUAUAUGCAGCAACAAGGUCACAGUAUCUAUGCAGUCUCCCUACCGACGACAAAACUGGCCUUGUCAGCAUAUUAUGUGCUUGCGCCUGCCGAGGCUUCCUCAAAUUUGGCCAAGUACGAUGGUGUCAGGUACGGAUCUCGUUUCGAUGGUCCGGAUAGUCAUGGACAGCCGGAUGGGUAUCUGUACGCCAAUACGAGAGGACGUGGAUUUGGCUCUGAAGUCAAGAGGCGGAUCGUCCUGGGUGCGUUCAGCUUGAGUGCUGACGCUAUGGAUAAUUAUUUCAUUCAAGCUCAGCGUGUUCGACGACUCGUGCAGCAUGACUUCAAUUCCGUAUUUCAAACGAAGCAGCCGUUGGCGUAUCCUCGGUUGAACAUGGAAAGUCCGCGCAAACAUACUGGCGUAGACAUUCUCAUUUGCCCGACUGCUCCAUCAGCUCCGCCGCGCAUAUCGGAGCUGACAAAUUCGGACACUGCAGCCUCGCCCUUAGAAGCGUAUAUGAAUGAUGUCUUUACCGUUCCUGCCAGUCUGGCUGGUCUUCCAGCCAUGUCUGUUCCAGUCACCGUCCGUGGUGAUCGCAACCAGGGCUCCAAUGACACGGAGUUAGCAGGCAUUCAAAUAGUCGGUCAAUACGGGGAUGACGAACUGGUAAUGAAGGUGGGAGAAUUACUCGAGGGUAAAAUGUUCUAGGCUUUUUUCGUCAGCUGCAUAUAUCUGGAAAGGGUAAUGCGGCCGUAUCUUUAUUUUUACGUCGGGUGUCCUUAGAUAUCGUGUCUUGGUUAUCAGUGCCUGUAGAUGAAGGGCAGCAGAAACAUGAAAGCCGCAUUUUGAAAUCGGUGCCUC